UUCAUGUAAUAAUUAUAUUGAAAUGGAUCAUAAAUGUAAUCUUAUUAAUCACAGCACCUGUUGUGUGUCUAGUGCUAAUAAAUCUGUGCAACAAACAUUGUCCGAAAUGGAUUGGGAAAGAAGCAUUUGGAAUGCAGCUUUUACAGGUGACCAGAAGAGAGUGCAAUCACUGCUUGACAAGUCUAAUAAUCCUAAAGAACUUGUCAAUAGCCUUGACAAUUCUGGUUAUACUGCAUUACACUAUGCCGCCCGCAGUGGACAUUUAAAUAUUUGCAAACUCCUCUUAGACCAUGGCGCCUAUAUAAAUGCCCAGACAAGAAGUGGCAAAGCCACACCUCUUCAUAAAGCAGCUUGCUCAGGCAAGAAAAAUAUAAUCAUGUUUCUUAUAAAUAAUGGAGCACAGAUUGAUCUACAGGAUUCAGACGGUAAAACAGUGCUCCACAGAGUCACUGAAAAUAAACAAGUUGAUCUCAUUAGCACCUUGCUUGAAGCUUGUCCUAAACUAAAAGAUAUUAAGGAUAAUAGAGGUAAUUUGGCAAUUUAACAUAAUUAAAUGUAUAUUUUGUUUAUUAAAUUUAAUAUUUCAUAUAACUCACUUUCUAUAUCUUCAAUGUAUACAAUUUUAUAAUUUAUUCUAAACAACUUAUAAUUAAAUCACUAUACAAGUAGUUAUUUUGAACAACUAAAUACAUUUAUAAAUAAUGAAAUAUAAUAUAUAAUGGUUAUUAGCGUGUUAAGUAAACCCUGUACUACAAUAGAUACUUAGUGAGGUUUAACGAUCUAUAGACAUUAUUUUUAUUCUGUAUUCUGAAGACUUCCAUAUGAAGAAAGUAUUUGUUAUGUAUUCACUAUAUUUAACAUCUAAAUGUUCUGCACACUGUUCUGCUUUUAUAGUUGCUUCUCAUAUAAGAAACAGGCUUCUUAGAAGUCUUAUACAUUGUUAUGAAGAACAUAAUUAGUUUUAGAUGUAUUUAAAUUAAUAUAUACAUUAAAUUAACAAAAAUAUUUUACAUGAUCCUGUUUUAUAAUACCUUACUUCUACCUAUUACUUAAGUGUGAGAUUAAAUUUUAUGUAGUGGAAGAUCAACUAAACAUUUAUUUUAUUAAUAAAUUUUGACUAGUAAAUAGGUUUUUGUAUCACUAAUUGUAGUUUCCAUAAAAAUGUUUUAUAUUUUUCACUAAUGUACAACUUUGUACUAAUUUAGGUACAGUAUUUAAACAUUUAUUAAAAAAUAUUUAAUGUCA